GGUUACGUACGAUUUACGGUGAAGGUUUGAAUUUACGAAACUCAAUUACCGUUGAUGGGGAUUCAUCAACCCAUUACUGUAAUCAUAGCUCUUUGCUUGCCUUCGGGUUCACUUGUGACAUCUCAAACCGAAUACGUAUCCAGUCUUAUCGAACAAACAAAGUUAUACUUGAGGUGCAGCCGCAGAUUCCAUUCGAAACAAAAACCGAACAGCAGUGCAAUUGAACCUAUCGUGCUCGCACUGAAGGAGAAACAAUCACUUCAACAGUCACAUAACGCAACGCAACGCAACGCAACCAAACCACACAUACGCAAACAGCAACUAUAACAAACAAGAGUCCAACGAAAUUGACCAUGAUCCCGGCCAAGUUUUUUUCCACCGCUUAUCUUCUUUUGGCGCUCUCCGCGCUGCUGACCGCGUCGGCGAGGGAGCAGCCGACCUGCUCCUGGAGUGCCUGUGGGGAAGAAAUCGAUCCGGCGCUGAAAGAAUUCACGUACGACGUCGGAGACGGCCCGCAGACUACUAUGGUCUACGUCGAACCAGACCUGGCCACCUUUUACGAGAAAGACGGCGAAAAAUACAAACGUGUAAAGCCGGCCUUCAAUGGCCUGGCCGGCAAGUUCAUCAACAUGUCCAACAAGCCCUACGACCAAUACUGGGAGAGUUACAAGGGAGGCACUGCGCACAUAAUGAGGAGAUACGCACCUUUCUCGGCCGGCGGCACAGGGACCUUUCCGACCCACCGCUUCUUCUUGUCCGAGCCCGGUACUACCGACAAGCGCGUGAAGGAGUGGGUCGUGGGAAACUAUCCAAACAACAUCUACGUCUACGAUCCGUACAAGGUGGAGGGCGAUCCCGAGCAGACCGAAAAAAACCUACAGGCCAACCUCAACGCGGAGGAACGCGUGCAGUACGACCUGUGGACCAAGACGCUUUUGUACAACGAGCAAUACUUUGCCUUUACGGGCCGCUCCUAUCUCGCCAACUACGGGGUCAACGGACCCCGCGCUCCCCCCAUGCACUACAUGUGGAGGGCCGACUACUUUGGCCAGGAGCACUGGGUUACCACCCGGGAAACGCACUUUGUGACCGUUCCUCCCGAAGACAAGCUCGGCAAAAUUCGGCAGGACCUAGCGUCGGAGCGAAUCCUUAAGGAGGAGGAUCCAAGGAUCCUCCAGGAAUACCGCGCCGUUGACGAGGCCACCCAGGAGCCGCUCCAAUCCAUGAACAUGACGCUCAAAGUCCUGUCCGUCGCCCCCCGCGUCUUCGAGAUCAAGAACUUUUUGUCGAGGGCGGAGGUCGACCACAUCCUGCAGGUGGCAGCGGGCGUCACGCUGGCGGAAUCGACGACGGGCGACGUGGGGAGCGACGGCGACCCCAGCAGCAGGAGGAGCAACAAAGAAACCAAGGUCCGCACCAGCCGAAACUCCUGGGUUCCCCGGGAGCGGUCCGCGGUCCUGGACGCCAUUUACCGCCGCGCCGCCGACCUCACCCGGAUCGACGAGGCCCUCCUGCGGUUCCGGGGGCCGGACGAGUACCCGGAGCUGGAAACGAAACAGCCCCUCGCGGAAACCCUCCAGCUGGUCCACUACGACCCGAAACAGGAGUACACGGCCCACCACGACUUUGGCUACUCCAACAUCAGGGACCAGACCCAGGGGGCCCGCUUCGCGACCGUCCUCUUCUACCUGAACGACGACAUGACCGGCGGGGAGACGGCCUUUCCCCGGUACGUCAACGGCAAGUCCUUCCACGAGCUCAAGGUCAAGCCGGAGGCCGGAAAGGCGGUCCUCUUCUACGACCAGCUGCCCGACGGAAACAUGGACGACUUUUCCCAGCACGCGGCCAAGCCCGUCAUCCAGGGGGAAAAGUGGCUCAUCAACCUGUGGAUCUGGGACCCGUUGUACGAGAGGGGCUAACUAGUAGUGUUCGGCGUGCUAGGCCGUGAUUUGCCGUGCCGUUCCACUGCUUGCUAGCGAGCGGGGGACGCAACCCGGUGUGUCCGACGCCUUCGCAAACCAUGCUAGACUAAUAC